AUGGGAUUUUUUGCAAUUGUAGAUUUUACAAAAUUCUUUGACUUGCAAUAUGUAAAACCUUGGACUAGGUGUCCUCCUUUUUUGAUUGGAAUAGCUGUAGGAUACGGACUAGCACUUGGAAAAAAGCCAAGGAUAAGCAAGUUCUUCGUGGCACCACUAUGGAUGUUAGCAGCUGCGAUUGCCUUAGCUUCUCUAUAUGGUCCUCAUAACUAUAUAAAAGGAGAUAACAAUUGGGGCGUAGUCACCCGAGCCACGUACAACAAUUUCUCCCGAAUUGGAUGGACUUUAGCAGUAUGUUGGGUUAUCGUGGCGAACCAUUGGGGAUGGGGAGGGUUGAUCGCCUCAUUUAUGGAUCAUCCAAUAUGGCAACCAUUAGGAAGAUUAUCAUACUGCGGAUACAUUGUACACUAUUUUCUUAUACGCUAUGUUUACAAUCUAGAUGAUCGACCAGCGCAUUUCACCUCCAUUUGGCGAACGUACAUACACAAGGUCAUUCCCAUCGUUGUUGUUUCUUACGUAUUCGCUUUCUUCUGGAGUUGUCUCUUUGAAGUGCCCAUAGUAAAACUGGAAAAAAUGCUGACUGCCGAGUUAACUCCGAAAAAAUCUUCUCAGAAGCAUAAGCCUGGAAGUUGCGAGUUUGCUGAAGCUGCUGGGAUGAAGACAGGAAAAACCUUGAUUUCAAAUGGAGAUGUAGACAAAGAAAGAGUCAAUGGUGACGAAGAGCCAAGAUUGGCUGUCGAGAAGAACUCUGAUGGUAGUGCAGAGCUGACCAGUGUAAGAGUGAGAUAAUA